GCUGUCCUUGCCCCUCACAUUUAGCCAACGACCCCUCCUCGCAUACAAAAAUGGCUGAUGAGAAUAUACCCACCUUCAAGCUCGUCCUUGUCGGAGACGGUGGUACCGGAAAGACCACCUUCGUCAAGCGCCAUCUUACUGGUGAAUUUGAGAAGAAAUACAUUGCCACCCUCGGUGUCGAGGUUCACCCUCUCAAGUUCCAAACCAACUUGGGUACCAUCAAAUUCGACGUCUGGGAUACCGCCGGUCAGGAGAAGUUUGGUGGUCUCCGAGAUGGAUAUUAUAUCAACGGGCAGUGCGGUAUCAUCAUGUUCGAUGUCACUUCCCGUAUCACUUACAAGAACGUUCCCUCCUGGCACCGUGACCUUGUCCGUGUUUGUGAAAACGUCCCGAUUGUUCUCUGUGGAAACAAGGUCGAUGUCAAGGAGCGCAAGGUGAAGGCUAAGACCAUCACUUUCCACCGCAAGAAGAACCUCCAGUACUACGAUAUCUCCGCCAAAUCCAACUACAACUUCGAGAAGCCAUUUUUGUGGUUGGCUAGGAAGCUUGUCGGAAACCAGGGUUUGGAAUUCGCCGCCGGCCUUGCCCUUGCUCCUCCAGAAGUUACUGUCGACCUUGCUGAGCUCCAGAAACAUGAACAGGAGAUGAAGGUGGCGGCUAACUUGCCUCUGCCUGACGAGGACGACAACGAUAUCUAAACUGAUUAUUCAGAAACAACCGAAAGGCUGUUUACUUACUUGCCUUUCCAACCCUGAUUAGGUCAGUUUUGUGGAUAGGUGGAUACGAUUUGGUUUGGAAUGGGAUGUAAUACAGAAACAAUU